GGAGAGGGUGUGGACGGCAUCGAGAGCUUCCGGCUCCGCAGGGACCGGAUGCCCUGGGAAAGGGGGGCGCCCGCUUCCCGAGGCCCCGGGGUGUCUAGAGCCCCGACUUUCCGAUGCGUCCCCGUCUUCCCGGAUUGCAACUUGGACUAUCUCUGUUUCCCCCUUCCCUCGCCUCCCCAAUUAGGUUGACAGGCAGUAGGGGCCGCGGAUGUCUAUCCUGAGGGUAAGCUUCACCCUCCGUUCCGUCCGCGGCCUCUGCAGAACCCAGAUUAUGGACCGGGUUUCGCCUCCAGGGCCGCCGACUCCAGCGGCGAUGGAGAACGGCUCCGGGCCCUGUGGAGAAGAGCGCCCACCCGUGGCCCCGGAGACGACAGUCACCGAGGGGGCCGCCAAGAUCGUCUUCCCCAGCGCUAAUGAGGUCUUCUACAAUCCAGUGCAGGAGUUCAACCGGGACCUCACGUGUGCUGUAAUUACAGAGUUUGCUCGAAUUCAGCUUGGGGCCAAAGGAAUCCAGAUCAAGGUUCCAGGGGAGAACAACCUGCAGAAAGUGGUUGUGGACUUGUCAGAACAAGAGGAUGAAAAACUUAAACCAAAAGAGGGUGAAAACCUGGCUCCAGGAGACCAACCUCGAACAGCUGCUGUGGGGGAGAUCUGUGAGGAAGGCCUGCGGGUGCUGGAGGGCCUGGCAGCUUCCGGCUUACGCUCCAUUCGGUUUGCUCGAGAGGUGCCUGGACUCCGAUCUGUGGUUGCCAAUGAUGCUUCUGCCCAGGCGGUAGAUCUUAUGCGUCGGAACAUCGAGCUCAAUAAUGUGGGCCACUUGGUACAGCCCAGCCAGGCAGAUGCCCGGAUGCUCAUGUACCAGCACCAGAGGGUGUCGGAGCGCUUUGAUGUCAUUGACCUGGACCCUUAUGGCAGCCCUGCCUCCUUUCUGGAUGCUGCAGUGCAGGCUGUCAGUGAAGGAGGACUGCUGUGUGUCACUUGCACGGAUAUGGCUGUGCUGGCAGGGAACAGCGGCGAGACAUGCUACAGCAAGUAUGGGGCCAUGGCGCUCAAGAGCCGCGCCUGCCAUGAGAUGGCGCUGCGGAUCGUGCUACACAGCCUGGACCUCCGCGCCAACUGCUACCAGCGCUUCAUCGAACCACUGCUCAGUAUCAGCGCUGACUUCUAUGUGCGUGUGUUUGUGCGCGUCUUCACCGGCCAGGCCAAAGUCAAAGCCUCAGCCAGCAAGCAGGCCCUGGUGUUCCAGUGCGUGGGCUGCGGUGCCUUCCACCUACAGCGCUUGGGGAAAGCCUCGGAGGCCGCUGGCGGCCGAGUCAAGUUCUCGGCGGCCUGCGGCCCUCCAGUGAGCCCCGAGUGUGAGCACUGUGGACAGCGACACCAGCUCGGCGGCCCCCUGUGGGCAGUGCCCAUCCACAACCUGGACUUCGUGGGCCAUGUCCUUGAGGCUGUGAGUGUGAACCCCGGCCGCUUUCACACCUCGCAGCGGAUCCGAGGGGUCUUGAGCGUCAUCACCGAGGAGCUCCCAGAUACCCCUCUCUACUACACACUGGACCAGCUAAGCUCCACCAUCCACUGCAACACGCCCAGCCUCCUGCAGCUGCGGUCGGCCCUCCUCCAUGCUGGCUUCCAGGUGUCGCUGUCCCAUGCUUGUAAGAAUGCCGUGAAGACCAACGCCCCAUCCUCCGCCCUGUGGGACAUCAUGCGCUGCUGGGAGAAGGAGUGCCCUGUGAAACGCGAGCGGCUGUCAGAGAGCAGCCCUGCAUUCCGCAUUCUCAGUGUAGAGCCCAGGCUUCAGGCCAACUUCACCAUCCGAGAGGAUGCCAACCCAAGCUCCCGCCAGCGAGGCCUCAAGCGCUUCCAGGCCAACCCAGAGGCCAACUGGGGUCCCCGGCCCCGAGCUCGGCCAGGGGGUAAGGCAGCCAGUGAAACUAUAGAGGAAAAACGCCGAGUUCUGCAGAAUAAGAGGAAAGAGCCAGCCGAGGACCUGGCCCAGAGGGCUGCCCGCCUCAAGACAUUUCCUUGCAAGCGGUUCAAGGAGGGUACCUGUCAGCGGGGAGACCAGUGCUGCUACUCACACAGCCCCCCUGCACUCAGAACCCCCGUCGAUGCUGCCCCCAUGGACUGUCCAGAGACCCCCUACCAGAGCUCUCCCAGGCCAGCAGCUGCUGCUGGGCCAGGGGUAGACUAAGCCAAUAAAAAGAUGCCCCUGCUGGGCGCCAGUGGCUCACGCCUGUAAUCCUAGCUACUUGGGAGGCUGAGAUCUGAGGGUCGUGGUUCAAAGCCAGCCUAGGGAAGUCAAGUCUGUGAGACUUUUAUCUACAAUAAACUAAAAG